GAGGUGGACAUGAUGGUGGUGGAAGUCGUCAAGGAGAUUGGAACUGCCCUAAUGAAGAUUGUGGUAACAACAACUUUGGUUGGAGGAAUGCCUGUAAUCUCUGUAACACACCUAGACCAGAUGGUGCUGGUGGUGACAGUGGUGACUUUGGUCGUGGUGGGGGUGGUAGAGGUCGCGGAGGUGGUGGUGGAUUUGGUGGUGGCCGAGGAGGCGGCGGUGAUCGUGGUGGAUUUGACAGAGAUAGAGGAGGUCGUGGUGGAUUUGGUGGUGGUCGUGGCGGUGAUAGAGGAGGACGUGGUGGAGAUAGAGGAGGACGUGGCGGUGGUGGCGGUUACGGUGGUGGACGUGGCGGUGGACCAUAUUAAAUCAUCAUUUCUAUCAUCAUUCAUACAUUACUGUUUGAACAACAUCACAUAAACAGUUGUUUCAUCAUUUUUCAUUGAUCAUAUCUCAUCAUGAUUUAACAUCAUGGAAUGCUACACCGUUAUGUUUUAUACAAGAUUUUAAAGGACUUACUGUAACAUACAUUCAAUGUGUGGAUUGUGAUUUUACAACAGGCACCUUCAAGGCAGCUUAUAACUAGAUUGUUGUCCCACAUAGAUGAACAUGAAUAGGUUGUGUAGCAUGUUGGGGAGAAAUUUAUUUGGUAACAUACUUAAGAAAUAGUUUUUGUUAGGGGAAGAAAAUCAGUGUUUGUUGUAAAUAAGAUUGUGUCCUCUUGUUUGAUUGCUGUGCAGAGUGGAAUAGUUUUAAGUCUUAAUGGAACAUUUUAAACAAAUAAAUAAAACCGAAAUUUGCUAAACAUAUAUGUCAUCAUCAUCGGAUAUUAUUUCUUUGCUUGAUUAACAACAUUUUAUCAUGUUUGACUUAAAAAUUGGAAUUCCUUGUAUUAAAAGGUACUUUUUUAAUUUUAGAUCUCAUUUCUAGAGAUUUGUAAUUAUGUGACAUUGUGUAAUAAAAGUGAAAAACUAGAA